CUAUUUCUCUGAGAUCCCAUCAAAAAGAAAAUUAGGGAGGAAAGUAGCUAGCUAGGCUAAUGGGAAAUCCAGAAGGAGAGUCGUCUGCGUACGAGGGUGAUUAUGAACCCUACCAACCUCAGGUGGAGGUGGAGUUGGAGUAUGAGUCGCAAGCUGAUCAACAAUUUCAAUACCAACAAGUGCCUGAAACCACCAGCCAAAACCAAAACCAACAAGAUCAAUACCAACCACCACCACAACCGCCACCCAGUGCACCUCAAAAUAAUUAUGACCCCCAAGCACAACCACAACCACAAUCACAAGAAGGAGUCCUCCAGCAACUACCGCCAUCUCAGCCUCAGCCGGUAGGGUUCCCACCACCACAAGGUCCUCCACAACAAAACCCCUACCAGACUCCAACGCCUCAGCCAGCGCAAUUCCCUCCUCAAAGCCCGCAACAGUUCCCACCACAAAACCCACAAUUCCACCAACAAGCAAACUAUCAGCAGCCUAGGCCUGCACAGUUUCCACCCCAACCCCAGAAUAAUAUGCAAACCAAUCGAAACCCCAAUCCCAUGUAUGCAAAUGUGCCAAACCAACCUGGGGCGGCCUACCCUCCACAAGGACCACAACCAAUGGGCAUGGGGAACCAACGACCUCCAGCACAAUUUCCUCCCCAGUCUCCAGCACUAUAGCCUCCCAAAUCUACAACGAAUUAUAAUCAACAAUAUCAGAAGCCGGCAGUGCAAUUUUCCACACAGAAUCAACAUCCAAUGCAGCCGAGUCCUUACCAGCAGAAUAUUGGCACUGAGCCCUGGAGUUCUGAGUUAUUUGAUUGCAUGGAUGAUCCAAUGAAUGUUCUCACAACGGCUUUCGUUCCAUGCUUGACGUUUGGCCAGAUAGCAGAGGUUGUGGAUAACGGCACAUCCUCAUGUGAGACCAGCGGAUUGUUCUACGGAUUGAUUGCAGCGUUCAUUGGGAUACCAUUCAUAAUGUCAUGCACAUAUCGCACAAAGCUGCGCAGCAAAUACAACCUAAUCGAGUCCUCUGCACCCGAUUGGAUCACCCAUUUAUUCUGAGAACCCUGCGCUCUUUGCCAAGAGUACAGGGAACUUCAAGUCAGAGGGAUUGAUCCUUCAAUCGGAUGGAUAGGAAAUGUGCAAAGGAAUCCCAGCUUGCAGCAGCCGAGGGUUAAUAUGAUGAUGCCUCCAAUGAACCAAAAUAUGAGUCAAUAUUGAU